CAGAGUUGGUGUUUGGUAGAUCCGCGCGGUAGUUGUCAUUUGCAUCGAGGCGGCGGAUUCCGACGGCGAUUUCGAAGAAAGCUCCUUUUUCUUCUUACUGAAAAUAAAUCCGCACAGAACUUUCCCAGCGCACCCAAAAUCGCUUUCUGCUCCAUUUGAUCGCAAUACAGAAAAGAUGGCGUGCGCUAGUAUGGUCAAAUUGAGCGCCGCGUCCUCAUCAUGGAUCGCUGGGCAGCAGUCCGUCAACCAGCGACCUGGAUCGUCGCAGCGUUUCCCCGCUAGACGCGUCUCUGUUAUCCGCGCCGGAUCAUACACCGAUGAGCUCGUUAAUACCGCGAAAUCCGUUGCAUCACGAGGGCGAGGGAUUCUUGCAAUUGAUGAAUCAAAUGCAACGUGUGGGAAGAGGUUGGCUUCGAUUGGACUCGACAACACUGAAUCCAACAGACAGGCUUACAGACAACUUCUGUUGACCACUCCUGGCCUGGGUGAAUACAUUUCUGGGGCUAUUCUCUUUGAGGAGACACUUUACCAGUCAACCACAGAUGGAAAGAAGUUUGUUGAUUGCUUGCGUGAUGAGAACAUUAUACCUGGUAUCAAAGUUGAUAAGGGUUUAGUCCCUCUUCCAGGAUCAAACAAUGAAUCUUGGUGCCAAGGUUUAGAUGGAUUGGCUUCACGAUCUGCUGAAUACUAUAAGCAGGGGGCUAGAUUUGCAAAAUGGAGAACUGUUGUUAGCAUUCCCUGUGGUCCUUCUGCUUUGGCUGUCAAGGAGGCAGCUUGGGGCCUUGCACGAUAUGCUGCUAUUUCUCAGGAUAAUGGUCUUGUGCCAAUAGUAGAACCAGAGAUUCUUUUAGAUGGCGACCACCCUAUUGAAAGGACCCUUGAAGUGGCUGAGAAAGUGUGGGCAGAGGUAUUCUACUACCUGGCGGAGAACAAUGUUGUCUUUGAGGGAAUUCUUCUUAAGCCGAGCAUGGUAACUCCGGGUGCUGACCACAAAAACAAAGCUUCCCCAGAGACCAUUGCCAAGCAUACUCUCACCAUGCUUAGAAGAAGAGUGCCUCCUGCAGUUCCAGGGAUCAUGUUCUUGUCAGGAGGACAAUCUGAAGUGGAGGCAACUUUGAACCUCAAUGCAAUGAACCAAUCUCCCAAUCCAUGGCACGUAUCUUUCUCCUACGCCCGAGCGCUGCAGAACACUGUUCUCAAGACAUGGCAAGGACGCCCCGAGAACAUAGAAUCUGCACAGAAAGCACUUCUGAUCCGUGCAAAGGCCAACUCCUUGGCCCAGCUCGGAAAAUACUCAGCUGAGGGUGAAAGUGAGGAAGCGAAGAAGGGAAUGUUCGUCAAGGGCUACACAUACUAAGUCAGUCCAAUGGCAACCUAAUCAACACCCGAAUUUUGAUGUACUACUCAAGAUCCUUUAAUCUCUUAUGCCAAGUUGCUGGUCCAUAACAGGUUGAAUUGCUUAAACCUUGUUUAAAGAACUUAAACUAUUUCUUGGUCGAAAUUAUGUUUACUUAAAUUAUGUAAGCCACUCUGUAGGGCAUAAUAAUUGGUCUUGACUGAAAUUUCCUUACCAAAUUUGCCUGUUUUGUCUAUGUUGGUUAUGUCCCUUUUUUCAUUUUAAGCAUUGCAGGUUCUCUAGGUAUUUAUUAAUUUUCAACACAACUUUUUUGUCUUAUUUUAGUUCUUGCAAGUUGCAAUGUGCAAUUUUUUUUUUU